UUCCAAGAAAAAUGGCUCACUCUGUGCCGCUGUGGUUUAUUCUACUGGUAGCUGCCUGUUCCCUGCUGGCAGCAGUCGAAAGCAGAGAAGUCGUGUGCUACUACGGAUCCUGGGCCUCGGGUUAUGUGGCCAGCGGAAAGUUCGCUGUCGAAAAUAUCAAUCCCGCACUGUGCACGCAGCUCGUCUACUCGUUCUACAACAUCAAACCAGACGGAACGAUUGUUAUUCCCAACGAAGCGGCCUUCUCGGAGGCUAUGAUCCUCAAGUUGAACGAUCUGAAGAAGACCAAUCCCGCCCUGAAAACGUUGGCCGCCAUCGGUGGCUAUAAUGCAGGCACCGAAAGCUUCUCCAAGGUAGCCAAAACCCCGGAGCUGCGUACCACAUUCGCCCGAAAUGCGGCAGCUUUUCUCAAAAAGUAUCGAUUCGACGGUAUGGACAUCGAUUGGGAGUAUCCCGUCGCGGCUGAUAAAGCCAACUUUGUGCCGUUUCUAAAAGAGCUUUCGACCGCUUUCUCGCCGAGCAAGUAUCUGCUGACGGUGGCAGUUGGUGGUACCAGCUUCGAAGGCAACGAUCGGUACGACAUUCCGGCCAUAUCGAAGGUGGUCAACUCCAUCAACCUGAUGACGUACGACAUGCAGGGGGAUUAUGGCGUCACUCGACAUCAUGCUCCACUUAAGCAGGGACCGGCCGCACUGGACAAUACGGACUACAAGCAGGCGCUGAAUGCGGAAGCUGUGAUUGCCUAUUGGCUAAGUAAGGGUGCGCCUGCAAACAAGCUCAACUUGGGCAUUCCCUUCUACGGACGUACCUUCAAGCUGACCAAACCAACCGUGGACGGUGUCGGUGCACCAGUUAGUGGUGUCGGAACUCCAGGUCCAUUCACGAGACAGGCAGGAUCAUUGGCAUACUACGAAAUUUUUAAUUCCUCUAUGCUGACCCGCAAACAGUACGAUUCCGUACAGGUUGGCGCGUUCGCAUCCGGUGGCGGUGAGUGGGUCAGCUACGACAGUGUGGAAAGCAUCGGGCAGAAGUGUGACGUGAUUGCAAAGUACGGGCUUGGCGGCGGUAUGGUGUGGUCGAUCGAUAUGGACGACUUUACGGGGAAGUGUGGUCCCAAGUUUGCGCUGCUAGCUGCACUAAACGGCUGUGUGAACAGAAAAACGCCGGCCGCUACACCUGCUACGCCCAGUACACCCGGUACACCCAGUACACCCGGUACACCCAGUACGCCGGUCGUAAAAACCCCGUCGGGCCAAACCGAACCAUUUGUUUGUACACGCGACGGUUACUUCCGCGAUUCGCAAAAUUGUACAAUGUACUAUAGAUGUUAUAACGGGGGCCGGGUGGAACAUGGCAAAUGUCCGGGUGGAUUGUACUUCAACGAGCGACUAUCCAUCUGCGAUUAUCCGUCCAAUGUGAAAUGCUAAUGUGGCGUGGAGCAUCGCUCAAUUUAAUCAGUGGGUUCGGUAUCGUAGUUGAGCUUAAGCAAAUUUUAUCAACUUAAAAACAAAAAGGGAAAAAAAUAAAUCUUUAGAACAUCUUUAGAACAGUCCUCUAUGUACGUGA